AUGGACAAUAUCACGAUCAUCACAGAAUUUCUCCUCAUGGAUAUCACAAGCUCCCGAGAUCUUCACAUCUUGCAAGGUUUGCUAUUCUUAAUGAUUUAUGUGGGAGCCCUAGCUGGGAAUCUUCUGACCAUUGUCAUCAUUGUGCUGGACCCACGACUUCACUUUCCAAUGUUUUUCUUCAUAGGCAAUUUAUCCUUGAUAGAUUUUGGUUAUAUUUCUGUUACCGUUCCCAAUUCAGUCAUCAAUUCUCUGACAGGAAAGAAAUGGAUUUCUCUCCCAGCAUGUGCCACACAAACUUUCCUAUUCAUCUUCUUUGGAUCCACAGAGUUGUUUUUCCUAGUGGUCAUGUCCUAUGACCGCUAUGUGGCCAUUUGCCACCCUUUGCACUACGGGCUCACCAUGACCUCUCGUCGGUGCAUGCAGGCAGCAGGUGGCUCAUGGGCCAGUGGCCUACUCUAUUCUGCUCUCCACACAGGCACCAUAUUCAGACUUCCUUUCACCAAGUCCAAUGUGAUCCACCAAUAUUUCUGUGAUGUACCUCAAGUCAUGAGCAUCUCCUCCCAGGCUGUGCAGUUUUCUGAGUUUGUAGCCCUAGGUGUGAGUGCUUGCAUUGUUUUAUUCUUUACUAUCAUUUUAGUCAUGUCAUAUGUAAAUAUCUUUUCAACGGUGCUCCAGAUGUGUUCAUCAGAAGCCCGAAACAAAGCCCUGUCAACCUGCUCACCCCAGAUAGCUACUUUUAUUCUAUUUGUGAUUUCUUCACUGUUUGCUUGUUUGAGCCCUGUCUCUCAUACAUCCACCAUUCAGUCCCUUCUCACAGCCAUGUUUUACACUAUGGUACCCCCUUUCAUUAACCCCAUCAUCUUUAGUCUGAGAAACAGAGAGAUUAAAAGUGCUGUGGGAAGAAUGUUUAAUAGAUCUUUCUAA